AUGGCUCCAAGGAUCAUUAGAAGAAUCCCAAAUCGCCAUACUCAUCCAAAAUACAACGUUGAUUUCUUUGGAAAACGUUUGCAAGUAUCGGUCACUCGAAGUGCCUCAGUGAUGAAAAUCAAUCGGCUUAACCGGAGAGAAAACCGAUGUCGGUUAUAUGUCAAAGAAUGUGGAGAUGAGGAGUUGGUAUGCUACAAUGGUGAAAUCAAUAUGAAGAGAAAAUUGUCUAAAGUAACGUGUGUUCUUGUUUUGAUCAACAAAUUGGUUAGUUCUAAUAUUGGGACUUAUCACUCAGUAAUCCGGCGAUGGAUCAACACCGUCCGUUUCUUCAACCGCCGCUCAUUACAACCUCUAGUUGUUGGAAUCGGUAUCCAGUGGACAGCGGAUUAUACUUCCGAUCCUCCACCGGACAUUCUCCACUUAGGUGUCGGUAACUGUUGUCUCAUCAUACAGUUGAAUCACUGUAACCGUAUCCCUAACGUCCUACGAAGUUUCUUCGUGGAUCGUAGUAUCACUUUUGUCGGUGUUUGGAACAGCCGAGACAAAAUAAAGCUCGAGAGAUGUAGACAUAAGUUGAAGAUAUGGAGACUUCUUGACGUAAAGCAUUAUUUGGCUAGGAGCAUAUGGAAUAGUUCGGUUGAGAAGAUUGUGGAGGAGUAUUUGGGGUAUGAAGGAGUGAGGGUGGAUAAGGAGAUUAGUAGGAGUAAUUGGGGUGUUCGCAAUCUUUCUCGUGGACAGAUAUUACAAGCGACACAAGAUUCAUAUGUUUGCUUCAAGCUUGGUGUUAUGCAACGUCUCUGGGAGGUGUGUACUUGA